AUGUCAAUCAACUUGACGAGUGCGGCGCUGGCUGAGCAGUUGGUGCCGGCCACGUAUGUGCGGCAGGGUCUAGAUGCGAUUCGCUCGCGCGAAAAAUUGCUGACCACGCUGUUGGCGCAGCGUUGCCUUCCGGACGAAGGCUGGGACGACACCAGCGUGGAGCUGCUGCUGCAGACGCUUGCGGCCAUGGACAGCAAUAACUUUCUGGGCAGCGCAGGCGCUGGUGAGCGCGAAGCCCGCGUUUUCUCCCCGCUAGUGGUGCGCCGUCAUUUCCACUUGGCGCACGGUGUUGGUAGAUCAGGAGACGUGGCGGCAGUGCAGCCUAAAGCCGCUGGGUCGUCGCUCGUAGUACAGGUGGCAAACGCUCUGGCUAAGGACGUGCUGCGUCUCGCGGGCAUGCGGGCUGUACAGGCAGCGUUAGUGCUUCCUGUGGCCACUGGUAUGUCGCUUAUGCUGGUGCUACUGCAGUUGAAAGAGUCAAAGCCGAAUGCACGCUACGUCAUCUGGCCUCGCAUCGACCAAAAGUCCUGCUUUAAGUCCAUCCUGGCGGCUGGACUGACGCCGCUAGUACUGGCUAACACUCUAGUGGAGGAGAGAAAUGGAUAUCCUGGCUGGUACUUGAAAACAGACUUGGUUGGGAUGGCAGCGUUAAUGGAUCGUUACGGGAGUGAUAGUAUUUUGGCUGUGAUGAGUACGACAAGUUGCUUUGCACCGAGGGCCUAUGAUAGCGUGAAGGCGAUUGCUGAGCUUUGUGAAGAGAGAAAGAUUGCACACGUGAUCAAUAAUGCUUAUGGUGUGCAGGCAUCCAAGUGUGUGCACCAGAUAGAAUUAGCUAUGAGAACUGGACGUGUGGACGCCGUGGUACAGAGUCUAGACAAAAAUUUCAUGGUUCCAGUUGGCGGCGCCAUUGUGUGUUCGGCGUCACGUGACAUUGUUGAUCGCGUGGCAAAGUUUUACCCUGGUCGAGCUAGCGCCACGCCUACUCUUGACUUCUUCAUUACCAUGCUCCAAAUGGGAAAGAGUGGAUACCGACGAUUACUUGAAGAACGCAAGCGUCUCGCAACUUACAUGCGUGAGAGUCUCGACUCGCUUGCAAACGAGGAGGGUGAACGUGUACUGAAUGUCUCCAGCAACGAGAUUUCCUUUGCGCUGACACUGGGGACGUUCUGCUCGGAAGUGCAGGAUAAAGAAGAAAAGUCACGACGGCUGACGUUACUUGGUGCAAUGCUUUUUUCGCGCGGGGUGUCUGGUGCACGGGUAGUGUCAUGUCUCGACCACAAAUCGAUUGCUGGACAUGAGUUUAACUCAUUUGGAGCGCAUUUUGACGGUUUUCCUGUGGCCUACGUCACUUUUGCUUGUGCGUUGGGCAUGCGGCACGAUGAAGUGGACGUACUCGUCAUGAAACUACGGAAGACAAUUUAUGAAUGGCGAGCGAAACAGAACGAGUAG